AUGAGGCUUGGUGAAUUCGAGGCCACUAUUACCCAACUUUGGGAUGAACUUGACUCGGUCAAGACUGAUGCCGUGAAGGUGGCAGAAAGACUUCACCAGCUUGAAUCCGAGAGAGCCAAUGACAAGGAGAAACUGAGGGUGGUAGAGGAGAAAGUCAAGACUCGAGCUCGGAUCAGUGAUGAGCUCAAGAGCAAGCUCGAGAAAGCUACUAAGGCCAAUGAUCUACUUCAGACCGAGUUUGAAUCGGCCAAUCAAAUUCGAGUCGCUCUUCUUGAAGUGAAGUCCGAGCCAGAGGCUAGAUUGAAAAAAGUCGAGGUCGAUCUAGAAGAGUCUCUUAAAGAUAUGGAGGCCGCCGAGGCUCAUUCUAUGAUUUUGAUCGAGUACGAAUGGUAG